AUGGACAACCUGUGGAACGCCCUCCAUGGCAUGUACAACUCGGCCUCUGGUCGCGAGUACGACGCCUCUGUCUUAGAUGAGCUUCCUGAUGAGCCAGUCCGUGAGUGGGCUGACUUCUCGGAGCAUGAGUUGUUGAGUGCCCUUAAGGGGUGCUCCAACUCCUCUGCACCAGGACCGGACCAUAUCACAUGGGUCCACCUAAAGGAGUUGCUCAAGGAUAAACAUGUCCUUGCGCUCUUCAUCGUGUUGGCCAAUGCUUGCCUCCGGGUGGGUCAUUGGCCUCGUAUAUUCCAGGAGUCGCUAUCGGUUAUCGUUCCAAAGCCACACAAGCCCUCCUAUGCUGUGCUGAAGGCUUUCAGGCCGAUCGUACUCCUCAUCACUUUCGGUAAACUUAUCGAAAAGAUGAUUGCCAAUAGGAUACAGUUUGACGCUGUCAAGCAUGAUAUCUUUCAUCCUAACCAGCUUGGUGGCAUUCGCCAAAGGUCAACUGAGGAUGCUGGAUUGAUUCUGACUCAUCUUGUGCAUGCAGGGUGGGUUAAGGGUCUCCAGACUAGCGCGCUGGCUUUUGACAUCGCGCAGUUCUUCCCUUCUAUCAACCACGAGAUGUUCAUGGCUGUACUUCACAAGCAAGGAUUCUCACCCGUUUUGGUGGAGUUCUUUGCUUCAUAUCUUGUUGGGCUUUUCAUUGCUCCAGUGAUGAAGCUCUUCUACAUCAAGGCAGCACCACUCAACACAACACUACUCUCCUUUGUGGACGAUGGGACCAUUUUGGCCCAAUCCAAACACCUUGAUGAUAAUAAUCCCAAGACCUACUCGAGGUACUUGGGCUUCUACUUUGACCGCAGGCUCACGUUCCAUGAGCACGUUCGCUAUUAUGCCACCAAGGCAUUCACCACAGUGCAGGCCAUGCACAUGCUCGGAAACUCUACCAGAGGACUUUUGCCUAAACAGCGACGCCUCCUUUAUAGAUCGUGCGUGGUUCCCAUUGCCACAUAUGGUUAUCGUCUCUGGUAUUUCGAUGGCACCCAUAAUAAGGGCGCAAUGAACCAGCUAAAAUGGAUGCAGCGAAAAGCUGCUCUAUGGAUCACGGGUGCAUUCCGCACCUCCCCUACAGGCGGUCUCAAGGCCUUAGCAGGUCUCAUUCCCGUCCAUCUUAUGCUGAAGAAGUUGGCUACAUGCGCAGUGUAUCGCAUCGCCACCCUCUCGCACACCCACCCUCUUUGCUCCAUGAUGGGCAAGGGACUCCUCAAACGGGCUGAACCUCAUGCCCAGUCAGCUGCCUUGAUGACCCCAGCUAUGCGGGGGAAAGUCAAGAGCACUGUUAUGGAGGUGGACAAGCGUGUCCACACCUUAACUGAGAGCUUUGAGCCUUUUGCGCCUGAAGCUCACCCUGGUGAUCGGUUAUUGGACCGCUAUGCAGACCGUCUCCAUUUCGACAAAGCUGACCCAUUAACAGUACUGGCUGCAACUGAUGGCUCUGUCCCUCAGUCCAACCAGCAUCAGGCAGCGUCGGCUGCCAUCAUCUACAAGGGACAUCGUGAGCUUGAAAGGACUUGCUAUGUCUCUGGCAGAGUCACCGCCCCUGAUGCGGAACUCAAUGCCAUCUUGUGUGCAGUGCGUCUUGCUGUCAAGCAGGCGAAUUGCCAACAUAUCAUGGUCUUUACUGACUCUAUGGGCUCAGCCCACAGAGCGGUAGACCCCUCUGUGCAUGCUGGUGAGGCUUUUAGCCUGUCAGUCUGUCGUGCGCUUCAAGGGUGGUUCAAGGCAGAUGAUGUCUGCCGCAUCACCUUUGUCUACAUUCCAUCUGCUCUGCGGUGGGAUAUCCAUGGUGAGGCACAUAAGUACAUCACUGAACUCAAGGUCAGGGUUGGACGUCACAAGACAGACAACUCUAUUGACGUGCUCUGCUCCCAAGCUGUGCACUCAGUUCUGGAUUCAUGGAAUUCCACUUUCCAGGAUCCAACCUACUGGGGCUCUGAAUUCUUAGAGCUUCAACGGCCUGACGGGCAGCCGAUCCAGCCAUUGUACCUCAAUGGGGGACCUUGGCUUUCAACAUUCGGACACAGUAUUACUGAGUUUGCUUGUGUUUGCUGGUGUAUAACUGGCCAUGUGCCCAUUGGAGCGUAUUACCGUCGCUUCAAGAUCAAUGAGCCUCACGGCUGCACUUGCAGGGCUGCUCUGCAGUCUUGCCAGCACAUUCUCUUUCGCUGUCACGAUCAAUAUUCUGUACACUAUCCCUGUUUUCUCAGGGAUAUUGCAUCGUUUAUGAAGUACAACCCUACGGCGUUUGGCUUCAACUGGGACCCCUCAGGUAUUGGAUAA